GGGUACGCUGCACGACAUUAUCUAGCGCCAUGUCGCGCUACUUUCGCAACCCCGCCGUGCGGUGGAGCGUUGGCGUACUCUCCUGGAUCCCAGUCGGCAUCUUCGUUGUGCGACAUGUCGUCGGAUUGACCAAGGUCACGGGGGCGAGCAUGCAGCCUGUGUUCAACCCCAACCUGCACAAGAACCCGCUGCAGAAGGACGUGUUGCUGCUCGACCGGCUGAGCAUCCGCAUGGGACAGUUGAAGCGGGGGGAUAUUGUGACGCUGUGGUCACCCCAGCAGCCCGAGAAGCUCAUGGUCAAGCGUGUGAUUGCACUCGAAGGAGAUACAGUCUACCCCCUUCCACCAGCGCCUCCUCGCCCCGUACAGGUCCCCGCAGGGCAUUGCUGGGUCGAAGGCGACUCGACGUUCCGCACCAUCGACUCGAACACAUAUGGGCCAGUUCCUCUUGGGCUGCUCGACGGGCGUGUCGUCUGCAUCGUCCUCCCCUUCGACCGGUUCGGGAUGGUGCCGAACGGCGUGGGGAAAAGCGCCGGGCGCGUGCUGCGGCAGGGCGAGGCGUACAGGAUAUCCUAGGGGACGGAGGCAGAGGGACACAUAUGGCAUACGCAUGGCAUCAC